GGCGAGAUUAGUUUUGGUAUGGCCAUUUUUGUUGAUGUGGCCAAGAUCCAGGCAUUUCGGGCAUUUGAGGGCAGUGUGGCGCAAGGCCUCAAAAUCAGAGUUCAGUUUUUUCAGGGCAGUGGGCGAAAAAUUUUUAAGAGGUUUUGCCCCCUCAGCUAGUUCUUGGGUUUUUUCUAUUUUUUUGGUGGUUUUAAUCGCACCCAUUGGAAGUUCGCGUUCGGCGGAUGCAGUAACGGUUUCAGGAAGUGUGGUUCGGGUACGUUUCUGUAUCGGUAGGCGGGAGAUGCGUAGCGGGAGCAGAGAUGAGCGGCACCGUUUGCUUAAAGAAUAUUGUUUCAGCUGGCGGCCAGAUGUCGGAAUCGCGGGGCAAAAGUUCACUAUUUCGCUUGGCGGUUCUAAUGGAUCUUGCUUAGCAGGUGCUGGGCAACGCGUGGAAGGUAAAUUUGGGGAAGGUUGUGUUGCUGAAUCUUUCUCUCUAGUUGUCAAGGUAAUUACUAAAUCCGGUUAAACUUUUAUCCGCGAGAAAAGUGAUGAAUAACGGAAUAACCAGUGAUUCCUUGGUGUAGAUGAAAGUUUUUUUUAUUAAAGCGAGGCGAAGCCGAGCACAGACUUCUGGAGUGAAGCAACGUUG